AUGCUCAGGGAAGCGAGAAACGGCCGAAACGCGAACUAUACCUACGCGCCCGAUGUCGGGACGCGCUCGGGACGCAGGCAGACGCGGCUGUACCGCAGUGACGAACGGACGGUCGCGGUGCCUCAUUGCGUUUACCCCGCAACCCCGGCUGAACAUCAGCCCUUUAGGGCCCCGUCUGUGGUGGUCUAUUGGCUCUUUGAGGCGCGUGGAACGCUACGCGCCGCACACUCGGGCCUGGUUCUGGUCGGGCGGCGAGCUGCCCUUACUCGCCGACCGCAGGCCCGUGCUUACGGUGGCCGGAGAUCGUCCCUUGACCUAGCCACCGUAAGCGCGGUUGUGAACAAUGUUAUUAGUGUAGCAGCUACAGAUGUUUUAGCAGACGACGGUAAUUUAUUUCGCAAAGAUAAUAAGUCUCAAGAUGAUCACAAAGAAUACAAUAAUCAACAACCGAAAUUUAGAGUACAAGAAGCUGUUAUAAGACAAAGGGAUGAUUUUGACAAUGAUGAAGAUAUUAAAGCUUUGCUAGAAGAAAAGUAUAAGUUCAAAAAUGAUGAGACCUCUACGAGGUUUAAGGUGACAAAGGAAGAGAGAGGGGAAUUUCCAGUAUUUCCUGAGAAUCACGAUGAACGUCAAAUAGCGUGGGCAUUCCGAUCGUAUGCCGUGCGGCGCAUUGUGGGAGGGAUGGAGAGUAGCAUCAGUAUGUACCCUUACAACGUGGCCAUAUCCAGGAAUGCUAAGCACUGGUGUGGAGGAUCCAUCAUUGAUGAGCAAUGGGUGCUUACUGCUGGGCACUGCUUCGAAUCAGCUUUUGAUGGUGACAAGAAGAAACUGCAGCCGUUUAUCAUCAGAGCAGGGAGCUCCUUCCACAACCGAGGUGGAUAUCAAGCACGAGUCAAUAAGGUUUUCUUUCCUCAUGAUUACGUGCCGGGUAGCGCAGACUAUGACUACGCGCUUCUUCGCCUGGACCGGCCCAUGCCUAUAGGACGGAAUAUUGCUGUACUUAACCUGCCCUCCAAGGACUACCUGAUGAAGGAGAGCGACAUCCUCAUCGUCACAGGUUGGGGGAGCACAGAUGAAUCCGGUUACGGUCACAUUCCGGACCGCAUACGGUUCGUCCCUGUGCCGGUGAUGCGACUGGAGGACUGUCAGAAAUCGUACCGGUUCUACAUAACGCCGCGAAUGCUGUGCGCUGGAUACGCCACCGGAGGGAAAGAUGCUUGCAAUCACGACUCCGGAGGUCCAGCAGUGAGAGACGGCGUUCUCCUCGGCAUCGUCUCAUUCGGUGGCAAGCAGUGUGGUGACCCUCGCUCCCCUGGAGUCUACAGCAGAGUUUCCGAGAUCACCGAGUGGGUGGAAGACACUAUCACCAGCAACGAAGCCAAUACAGUUCCUGAACUGCUGCCCAAGAUCCAGAAGGCGAGGCAAAGGGAGAAGGAACUGCAGAAAAUAAUAGACGAUGGAGACGGUUCGGAAUCGGAUAAGUUACUAAUAACUUUGGCAUUGCACGAAGUCAUGUUAAAUGAUAAGAGCACGGAGAUCUUUGCUCCCAGGACGUUGCCAGAAGUUGACAGUCAAGCCGAUCUUCAAGUCGCAACUUCGUACGUGGCGCCAAAUAUUAGGCUCAACCCAGCAACGCCACUUAACAAGAAGUGCUUCUAUAUGGGCAACAAAAUAAUUCUAAGAUUAGAUUUACAAUGA